AACGUACCGUGUCCGCCUGCACAUCACUCGCUACCGUUUGUUGACUCUGGUGGCGUGCACUCUGCCAGGUGUUCCUUGCCCUGACAAGGUAGGGCAUCCUGCUCAAGUCCUCGCAGUCAACGGUUGGCGGCGGCUCCCAAUGACAGCGCGCAUCCUCCUCCCACGGCAGCCAGAAUCUUCACCCAUCGUCGCCGUACAACCAGCAACAUCUUGACUGUCCCUCAUGCAAUAUUGGCAAUUGUUCCUAGCGCUUUCCCCGCCAUUCAGCGAAGGAGACGAGUCGGACAUUUGUUUCAGCGCAAGUUGGAGGGAAACUUUGAACAGGUUCACUGGAGAGAGAUGCAUACGUGGUUCGAUCUCACCCACGCCGACCAAGAGCAACUCGAAGGAGGAGUCCAGGACGACUUCAGAAAGGACGACCGCUUCUUGCACUCACCAUGCCUACUACCUUGGUCACGUACACCGCAUCCGCGACCUGCGUCGAACGUACUUCCUCCUCCACCUUGACCGGAGGCACCGCCGCUACCUUGACCGGGCAUCUUUGGGCCGACGUGACCACUUACCUCUCCACGCGCGCCAUGUCAUGUCCAUCUCGCCGGCAACCCCAAGCUCUACUUCGCAAGCAGCUCCGCACCCUCCUUCGUCAGAAACAUGUCCGACUUUUUCCUCUCCAGCGCCUUCAAGUCUUUCACCAUACCAAUCACGUCGCCCAACUUUGAAUACAGGUCGACGUCCGGGUUCACUCUUGAUACUUCGGGGGAUCGCACGACGUCCGUUGCAGGAUCUACCCGAUGUCGACCUUGAGCAGUCCGGAAUCAACCUCGAAGUCGCAAAAUGUCGCUGUGAAGUCGUCCAAGCUGACCUCAUUACGGCGCGGCCAUUAAGUGCUGCACAAACCUAAACUCGGGAGCGGUACGGCACCACCUCGAGCGCGGGCGCAGUACGACGUCGACCUCAAGCUCUCAAGCCCGUUCUCGAAAGCUGUUC